AUGCAAAGUCCGGCGGUGCCUUCGCCGGCGUCCGGCGCUCCGCCGGAUAGUGAGGCUAGAAGGACCUUUAAGAAGUUUAAGGCCACGAAGCGUUCGUUCGCUGAUGCAAUCUCCUCUUCUCCCCGUUUCGGAGAUGAGCCAAUGGUUGAGUCUGAUGAUGGCGAGUGGUUCAAAGACGAGAUCGAGAUCGAUCCUGAUGUCGAGGAUGGAGAAAUCGACAACCCCCUGGGUCUACCGGUGGUGAAGUUCUCCAGGGAAAUCCGAAAAGAACUUAUAGAACCAUGGAAGAAUGCACUUACACUGAAGUUCUUGGGCAAACGAAUAACCUACAACAUACUUCUGAACAGGCUGACCAAGUUGUGGAAUCCGAGAGGAAAGUUUGAGUUGAUCAAUCUUGGCUUCAACUGGUUCAUCGCUCGUUUCGAAGUGGUUAAGGACUGCAUGAAGGCCCUUACGGAAGGCCCGUGGAAGGUUUUCGAUCAUUACGUAGUUCCCCAACGUUGGUCGCCGAAAUUUAAUCCGGCGAAAGCCACCGUAGAAAAGAUGACGGUCUGGGUUCGGUUCCCGGGGCUUCCUGUCGAGUACUUUCGCGAUCACACUAUCAAGACUAUAUUAAACCAGAUCGGCUCACCGGUGAGACUGGAUCGAACGACGGUGGGGGUGGAAAAAGGCCGUUUCGCAAGGGCCGCCGUCGAGCUCGAUCUUCGUAAACCCCUGGUGUCGAUGAUUAUCGUCGAUGAUAUGAUCCAGCAGGUCGAAUUCGAAGGAUUACACACUAUAUGUUUUGACUGUGGAGAGGCUGGCCACCGUUCAGCCGACUGCCCCAAAAAGACACCUCCGGCUUCUGAGCAACCGGUCGACAACAGCGCUGAUUCACCUCAGGAACAGGGUGCGACAAUGGCAGAUGCUAUAGUGGUGGAAAAACAAUGUAGCCUACCCCGUUAUGGGGAAUGGAUGAUCGUGAAAAAUAAAAAACACGUACCGGAAAAUCAGAAAAAAAAGGGGACCAGCAAACAAACACAGAAGGGGAAGAAGCCGGCGCAAUCUUCCAAUCAAUUUUCAGUGCUCCGGGAGACUAGGGAACAAUUUUCGCCGGAGGAAGUGAUGCAUCCAUCGAAAGGAGAGCGCUAUAGACAGAAAGGAAAACAGAAGGAGUCUCUAGGUGAGUCCCCACCCACAGUUGACCUUGCUAACGUUAAUCUUAAUUUUGUUCUACAGGGACAAAAGAAAGAUCAAGCUGGGAAAGCAACAGUGGAAGGUCCUCCCAAUUCGGCCAAACAGAAGGGAAAUGGCACUAAGAGGAACAACAGUUUGACUAGGAUUAAUCGACAGGUUACUGCCACUAAUCCGUCAACUUCGAAGGAGGCCAAUACUGGCCUUGUCACGUUUGUUUUUGGGCAAACAGAUGCGUUCAACGGGCAACCGAUGGACCUGAAUUGCGCACCGGAGGAGAGCGAAACUAAGACUAAAGCUGCUGAUGGCUUAUUAAAGAUGGCUGAGAAGUUGGGUUUCAGUUCAUCUUUUAUGGUGGACCCUAUUGGGUUCGCGGGGGUCCUCCUCCUUGUUUGGAACAAAGACCGGAUUUCUCUUUCGGUGGUGGGACAUAACUCCCAAACAAUCCAUACUCUUCUCACGCAGGGGAAUGGGGACUUUAAUGACAUCAUGGGCCAUUCGGAUCAGUGGGGAAAUGGGGACAUUAUCCCCGGAGCGGUGGACAGAUUUUUGGAAGCGAUUAAUGAUUGUGGACUCAUGGAUCUCGACUCCUCUGGACCUAGGUUUUCUUGGCAUAGGAAACUCGGAGACAGGAUCAUCCUUCGGAGAAAGUUAGAUAGGGUCUUAUGGAAUAUGGAAGCUCAACUCUUGUUCCCUGAAGGGAAGGCUCAUAUCCUGCCUUGCACCCACUCCGAUCACCAUCCCAUUCAGUUCUCUAGUGCCGCCAUUUCCCCACCUCUUAGAAAGGAUAGGCCUUUCAGAUUCGAGGCUGCAUGGCUGUUAAGGGAGGACUAUCGGGACAUUUGGCAUCAGGCCUGGAAUGCUCACCCGGGUGACAUUUUAGGCGCUAUUGAUAAAGUGGCUACUUUAUCCAAAGAAUGGAAUCACAAAACCUUUGGGAAUAUUUUCUACAGGAAAAAGACCAUUCAAGCCAGAAUUGCGGGGAUCCAAGCGUCUCCAAGGUUUGGCUCGGACAAGGGGUUAGUCAAGCUCGAGGUUGAUCUGGUCAAGGAGCUCAAUACCAUUCUCAAAGAAGAAGAAGUCUUUUGGUUUCAAAAAUCUAGAAAAGAGUGGAUCCGAGAUGGCGACAAGAACACUAGUUUCUAUCAUCGGGCCACCCUUAUUAGACGUAAUCGGGCUCGUGUGACUAUGCUUAAGAUUAAUGGUGAGUGGACUUCUAAUACCCAAGUUAUUAAAGACCACAUCGCUAAUUAUUUCAAAACUCUUUUUGGCAGGAAUCAAACGGUUAACUCUCUGGAUUCGCCGUUACAGUCUGGCCGUUCCAUCAGCAAUAGACAGGCUUUGAGCCUUAUUAGACAGGCGACCCCCCUUGAAGUCCGGACAGCUGUUUUUGGCAUGAAGCGGUUCGGUAGCCCAGGACCUGAUGGGAUUCAGGCGGCUUUCUACCAGCACUUUUGGGACAUCAUUGGGACCUCGGUAACUGAUUUCGUUAACCAUAGUCUUGUUUCAGGAACGGUACCUAUCGGGAUGCUGGAGGCAUAUAUGACCCUCAUUCCCAAGAAGGAUAGGCCUGAAAACGCGGGGGACUUUAGACCCAUUACUCUCCUCAAUGUGGCCUUCAAAAUCAUCUCUAAGGUCCUUGUUAACCGGUUGAGACCGAUCAUGCGGGAAAUUAUUGGACCUUUCCAAAAUAGUUUCUUACCGGGUAGGUCAACUCUGGAUAAUGUGAUCUUAACCCAGGAAGUGGUUCACAGCAUGGAGAAAAAUAAAGGCAAGAAAGGCUUUAUGAUCUUAAAGCUGGACAUCCAUAAGGCUUAUGAUAGCCUUAAUUGGCAUUUCCUAGAAGAGGUUCUUUCGGUCACAAACUUUCCUCGGAGGUUGAUUUCUCUCAUCCUCUUUGCUCUCAAAGAGAGCACCAUCUCUAUUAAUUGGAAUGGCGGUAAAAUACCGCCUUUCGGUGUUGGUCGAGGUGUCCGGCAAGGCGACCCCUUGGCUCCCUAUCUUUUCAUUCUUGCUAUGGAGAUUCUGUCGUGGGCAAUCCAAGAAGAAGUUCGGAAGGGCUUUUGGAAACCGUUCAAAGUGGCUCGAGGGGGCACCGACAUCUCCCAUCUCUUCUUCGCGGAUGACCUUAUCCUUUUUGGCGAGGCUUCUGAACAACAACUACGGAUCAUUCUUACAGUGGUUGAGAAGUUCUCUAAGCAGUCAGGUUUGUCCAUUAAUUUUAAUAAGUCCCUUAUCUAUUGUUCCCCUAACACUAGUGACAGGACUAAGCGCCAGCUCAGGGAGAUUGCGGGAAUCCCGGUGACGGAUGAUAUGGGAAAGUAUUUGGGCAUUCCCGUCCUUCAUAAACGGGUUACCAAACAUACUUUUGGGUAUAUUUUGGAUAAAAUGAAGAAAAAGCUCUCGGGUUGGAAAAGAGACUCUCUCAGUUUAGCCGGUCGCAGAAUUCUUACCCAAUCGGCACUCGCGACGAUUCCGGUCUAUACUAUGCAAGCCUUGGCCCUCCCUAAGAACAUAUGCGACACUAUUGACAAGACAUGUCGUGAUUUCUUGUGGGGCGACUCCGAGGAUAAGAAAAAAAUUCACCUGGUCAAUUGGGAUGAAGUCUGCGAACCGCGGAUUAAUGGGGGCCUCGGUCUCCGAAAAGCUAAACAUUUUAAUGAUGCUCUGCUUGCAAAGCUUGCUUGGCAGAUGUGCUCUAACUCUGACAAGCUUUGGCCAAGAGUCAUGAAAGACAAAUAUAUUAAACAAGGUGACUUUCUAUCAUCUCCUUUACCAACCUACGGAUCAUGGGCCUGGAAAAGCAUCAUCAAAGGGAGGCACACGAUCGCCACUAAUGCUAACUGGAAAGUUGGAGAUGGGCAAUCGAUUAGCAUGUGGAAUGAUUGGUGGGUUGGAUCCAAACCCCUCAGGCUUGAAAAUCUAGCCAAUAUACCGGACGGCAUGCAAGAGUGCAAGGUUAGUGAGUUCAUUCUGCAGAACAACACCUGGGAUUAUCCAAAGCUACAAGAGGUUCUCCCAGAAACGGCUGUUGAUUCCAUCCGAGCCAUAGCAAUACCGAUUGACAAGCAGACCCCUGACUCCAUUGGCUGGCCAAAAGGGGAUGCAGGUAAGUUCUCUGUGAAGUCUGCUUAUCUUUGUCUUACAGGGAGGCUGCUUACUAACGUGGAACGACAACGGCGGCAUCUUGCGGAGUCCAGCGACUGUCCUUGCUGCGAAUCUGGUGAAGAAACUCUCAGAGACCUCUUGUGGGAGUGUAACACGACCCAAGCUGUUUGGUUUCUCACAGCGACGCCUACAAAUUUUGGUUUCCCGAUCCAUUGGACUGUUGGAGAAUGGAUCAAGGCCAAUUGUUCCAGGCUUACCACCAAGAGCUGGCGAGAAACGUUCGCGCUUACCCUUUGGAUGAGAUGGAAGAGCAGGAAUGAAUGGGUUUUCAAUAAGAAGAAAAUGACUCCUCUGCCAUGUGUCUCUUGGGUGGCUGCCCAGCUUAAGGAGAAGAAGGAGGCUCUAACGCCGAUCAACACAGACAUGGCGUCCUCUACAUGGGUCCAAUGGCGUCCCCCUCGUCACAGCUGGCGAAAACUGAACACGGAUGGAGCUAUCAAACAAAAUACAGGGAUGGCUUCGGCAGGUGGCCUUGUGCGAGAUGAAUCCGGGGAGUUGGUUUGGGGGUUCACAACGAAAAUAGGAAGGACCAAUAGUUUCAUGGCGGAGUUGUGGGGCCUAAGGGAGGGUUUACGGCUCUGGCUUGAAAAGGGAGUUUCUCGGGUAAUGGUAGAGAUGGAUUCCAAGACGGUGGUUGAUCUCAUGAAUGGAAAAAAUGAGACAGAUUCUAGCUAUGCCACCUUGUUAAAUGAUUGCAUGGGCAUGGUUAAGAACUUCGAAGGCAUCCUUUUCGCCCAUGUGUUUAGGGAAGGGAAUUGUUGUGCUGAUUUCUUAGCUAAUCUAGCUCAAAACAAAGAUUGGGGCACCUGGGUGUUCUCUGAAGCUAUGGAAGGUUUGAGGGUUCAUCUGGCACGUGAUGCUGGGGGAGCUCUCAACCGUAGAAUUAGAUAA